UUUUAUCUCCAUUUGACCAUUUAAGCUUCAUUUUACACAAAAAGUUUGGAUCUUGACAAUAAAAAAUUGGGUCCAUAGUGAACCCAUCUCAAGAAUCUUGAUGAGAUGAAACUUUUCGUUCCAUAACAAUGAAUUUGACAAUACAAAGCAAUAGAGUAAAUUUAAGUAACAAUCAAAAAACAAAUAAUGUAUUUAAAGUAACAAUAGAUAAACCAUCCAAACAAGCUGUAAAAAGGGAAAUGAAUGGACAGCUUUGGCACAUUUAAUUACAGCAGUAAUUGGUUCUGGUGUUCUAUCAUUAGCAUGGAGCAUGGCACAGCUAGGUUGGGUUGCUGGUCCAUUGACUAUGCUCGUAUUUGCUUGUGUCUCUCUUACUUCUGUAUUUCUUCUCUGCAAUUGCUAUAAGUCUCCUGAUCCAGAAACUGGCCCUGAUAGGAAUGGCUGUUAUCUUGAUGCUGUACAGAAGAUUUUAGGAAAAAGAAAUGCCUGGUUUUGUGGAAUCGCUGUUCGUAUAAAUUUCAUCAAGCUUGCAAUUAUAUAUACAAUUACAUCCGCCUCCAGCAUACAAGCUAUCCAGAAAUCAAACUGCUAUCAUGAUCAAGGUCACAAGGCUACCUGUGGAUAUGAAAGUACUAGGUAUAUGGUAAUAUUUGGAUUAAUCCAAGUUAUAGUGUCUCAAAUUCCUGAUUUUCCGAAUAUGAAGUGGCUCUCCGUAGUUGCUGCUGUCAUGUCCUUCACAUAUUCAAUUAUCGGAUCAGCACUUGGCUUAGCCAAAGUAAUAGAAAAUGGAGAAAUCAAAGGAAGCAUUACAGGACUGCCAAGUUCUACAGCUGCUGAGAAAGUAUGGUUGGUUGCUCAAGCGCUCGGGAACAUUGCCUUUGCCUUUCCAUUCUCUCUUAUAUUUCUGGAGGUUCAGGACACAUUAAAGGCACCUCCUCCAGAAAAGAUCACCAUGAAGAAGGUCUCAAUUAUGACAUCCUGUAUUACAACUUUUUUCUACCUUUGCUGUGGAGGAUUUGGUUAUGCAGCCUUUGGUAAUUCCACACCAGGGAAUCUCUUGACAGGAUUCGGUUUCUAUGAACCAUAUUGGCUUGUAGACUUUGCUAAUGCGUGUGUUAUUCUUCAUCUUGUUGGUGGAUAUCAGGUUUUUAGCCAGCCAAUAUUUGCAGAAGUUGAGAGAUGGUUUGCCAGAAAAUUUCCAGAUAGCAAGUUUGUUCACAAGAAUCACACUCUGAAACCUCUAUCAAUGCUGCCAUUUAGUUUGAAUUUUAUGAGAUUAUUCUUCCGAACAGCAUAUGUUGCAAUAAUGACUGGGAUUGCUGUAUUGUUCCCUUACUUCAACCAGGUCGUAGGGGUGUCCGGAGCGAUAACAUUUUGGCCUAUCGUCGUCUAUUUCCCUGUAGAGAUGUACUUAACUCAGAAAAGAAUUGAAAGUUGGAAAAGCAAAGCUAUCAUGCUUCGCGUCUUUACAAUGGUAUGUCUGGUUGUGAUAUUGUACGCAUUUGUUGGGUCUAUCAGAGGAGUUAUUGUUGCUAGGUUCAGGUAAAAAUGCUUCUUCACGUUUCUACAAGGUUUGCGUACAUGCUAUCCUCUCCGAACCCCCACUUGUGAGAUUAUACUAGAUAUGUUAUUUAAAAAAGAAAUGUAAAUAAAUUCUUUAUAGUUUUAAAAUGUUCGGUAUGUAAACAAUGCCUUACGUUGUCAACAACCAAAUAUGUAUUAUAAAAUUUCAUCGAUUUUCGUGUACUA